GUCGCGAAGCCUGAAGCUUUUUGGUGGAUGUCAAUAGCUUCAACUACAUACCGACCACGACUGCAACCUCACGACUCCUUAAUUCCUCCCAAUCUCCAGAUAAGUCUCUACGGAGCACCACCGCAAUCAUGGCGCGCAACUCCGAAAAAGCCCAAAGCAUGCUCUUCCGCUUCCGCGAAUCCCAAGCCGCCGACCUCGGCAUCCUCGACGCAGGACGGACCCGACGCCCCAAGAUGAUAACAGAAGUAACAUCGAUCCCCUCCUGCGAGAAAUGGCGCGGCCAAGUCCUCAAAGAGAUAUCCCGAAAAGUCUCCAAGAUCCAGGACCCUAGCCUAAGCGAUUUCAUGAUCCGGGAUCUGAACGACGAGAUCAACAAGUUGAUGAGGGAGAAGCACAUGUGGGAGGUGCAGGUGAGGAAUCUGGGAGGCCCGAAUUAUAUGAGGGGCGGUGGUGCGGUGUAUGAUGAUGAGGGGGUGGAGAUCAAGGGCGCGGGGAAGGGGUAUAGAUACUUUGGCCGCGCCAAAGACCUCCCCGGCGUAAAAGAGCUCUUCGAAUCCGCCAAGCCCUCCAAAUCAAAAUCAUCCAGCACUCACCCAGACCUCCAUCUCCGCAAACUCGUCGACGCCUCCUACUACGGGUACAACCUCGACGAAGAAGACGGCACUUUACUAGCCUACGAGUCACAAAAGGAGCAAGAGGCAUUUGAGAACCUGCUUGCGGAAGGCGGGAAUGGUGGAAAGCCAAAAGAUUGGGAGCCGUUGCCGGGCGACGACGGGGGUGGGGAGGGGUGGAGGUUGCCGAGUGCGGAGGAGGUGCAGGAGGAGUUGGUGGAUAGGAGGAGGAGGAGAUUGUUGGAUAAGUUGGGGAGUUAGUCGUGCUUGGUUGGUCGGUUGGUUUUUGUGGGAAGAAGGAGGGAAGGGUAGAGAGUGUAGUUGUAUUAUACUAGGCUAUAAUAUAUUGCGCUGCGCUGUGCUGCGCUGAGCUAAGUAUGCUUCGCUCAAAUCAAAAAGAAAAAUGGACUGAUGGCUGAUAGCCAUUAAUAAUCUGUUUCCUUCCAGUUGGCGCUAUCGUGUAGGCGAGUGCCCGCAGACUUGCAGAGGUGAACCGAUUAUUACCUAUUCUAUAGUUAUAUUGCUUACAGUAUAAACUAUGAGA